UCUAAUAUGACACUGAAUUAAGGUCAGAAAGUUAUUCAUUGAAGUCUAAACGUUUUCAUUGCAUUCUCAUUACGAAAAGUUUUUAUUCAUUUAGAUUUUAAAAUCGACUAAAAUAUUCUUAAAUGCUAGCAAUUCCGAAUUUCCAUAAUAGAUUGUUGUUUUACUUUAAAUGUUAACUUUUAAUUUAAAAUUUUACUAUUUGAAUUUUUAAUAUUCGAAUUUUACUCUCAUACAUAAAAUUAAUAAUUUAUAAAUAAAUUUAUCGCUAAGUUUGCAGGUUGCAUCCGUAGAAGAUAGAUAAAAUUGCAUUAUUACAUGUAGUCAAUUUUGAUCUUUGAUUUAGUUUAAUAUUGUUCGUUUAUAUAUUAGAAUUUGUUCACCAGUAAAACUUUUUACUGUGAAUUAUAAACAUAAUCAAAUUUUAACAGAUAUUUUGCGCUUAUUACUUUUAAUUAGCAAAUUUGUGCAAAUUGUACCUCGUUAUUGCUUUAUUUUUGACUAAUUUUGUUGUUUAUUUCCAUCCAUCUGUUGGCAGAAUCUGGUCCAAAAGAAAAUCCAGGCCUCAUUUUAUCCUGGCUGAGAUCAUAAAGAAGGUUUUGUUUGAAUGAUCGUAUGAGCGUCUGCCACGGGGAUGGGUCUAAAUGAAGACCCAGUUUGAAAACUCUUAACUCAUUUCUUCGUCGUGCAAGUGUAUCUCAGACAUUGUCCGAACUGGUGAAGUCUCGCAAGUCCGAAUUUACUUGGUGCCAACCUCAGCAGGUGUAUAGUUCGGGUAGAGGUUUUCGAGUCUAUUUUUAGGAUGUAGUAAUGGAGUGAAUCAGCUGCUGCCUUUAGCUAAGAUGCAGAUAACAUUAGCCGUCUCAACGGGCGGCAGCACUAGCGAACGUUGCGACAUCCUUUUCUCAAUCUCUUUCUUUUACUGUCCCUCUCUCAACAAGCUUUCUCCUUGGACGCAAUGCAUUCCAGCUGUUUGAUUUUCCUCGGAUCCAUCAUGGAUGUUGAAGCACUAUAGUCAAAAAGUCGGCGUGGAUUCUUCAUUGUUCGUCGUUGUUGCCGUUGUCGUUAUUAGUAAUAUCAUGUUAGAUUGCCAAUCAACGAGUGACGGCAGCAAGGAGGGAGAUACCGUGGGUUGUAAACAUUGUCAAGGAACAGGAGAUAAGCAAGUAUAUUGGGGAAUUCAACUCGAUCAGGAUUUGCUGGAAACAAUAAUCAGUAUUUAUCCUGAAUGGUUUAAAGAUUAUACUUUAAAUCAUAAUACAAUGGCUGACAAUAUUAAAUUAAGUAUCAACACUGCCAAUCAAAAUACUGAAACCUCAAUCCACAAACCAAUUAUUCCACUUUUAAAAUCUGAAAAUAAUUCCAAAGCAGAAGUAGAUGAUGCCUCUCUUCAAACAUCUAUGGAUAAAAAUAAAGAAUCGUUGAAAGUGAAAUUAUUAUUAAGACGUCCGUUAAAUCAAUUAGUGGAACAAGGAAUCAUGCCUUCACUUAAAACACCUCCAGCAUUCCAUGAACAGAGACAAAAAUUGGAAAGAGCAAAGAUGGGUGACAUAUUGAAGAGUAAAAUUCAAAGAAGACCUGAUAGACAAGAAUUAAUACAGCAACAUAUACUUGAAGAUACUACUGUAGAUCCAAGUCUUCAGGCUAAACAACGCCAAUUGAAGAAAGCACGUUUAGCUGAUGGGUUGAAUGAUAGAUUAUCUCAUCGUCCUGGUCCAUUAGAACUUAUUAAAGGGAACAUUUUAAAAACUGAUGAAGAAUUUGCACAGGCAAUAAGAGAAGGACAAAUAAAUUUUAGGAGGACUUGUGAAGGGCAAGCACAAAAACAUUUAGAAUCAAUAAUGAUUGAUGAAGAAGAUAGUAGCAGUGAAGCUGCAUUGUCUCCUCCACAAGAUACCAGUGACAUAUCUCAAAGCAGCUUUCCCUCAUUAGAACCAAGUGACUUAUCUCCUGGUCCUAAUCAUGGAUCUCCAGGAUCUUUUGUAAUUUCAUUUGCAACAUCACCAGUCAGUUCAGUGACUUCAUCUCCUGUGAAUUCAUUAACAUCAUCUCCACCACCACGUCCUAUUAGUACUUCUUUGGGUUCACCACCUUUAACUGUGCAAACAGUGGCAGUGGGAACUGGAAAUAAUCAGAAAGAAUCUAAUAAAAACAGGAAAAAAAGCAAAUCUAAAGCACAACCAAAAACAAGAACAAUCAAAUUUCAUGAAUAUAAGGGUCCACCAAAUGCCCAGAAAAACCAAACAACAACAACAGUAUCAUCUGAAACAUCAUAUGAAUUAUUAUUGCAGCAACAGCAAUUACUCUUGCAGUGGCAAUUAGAAUGGCAGCAAAAAUAUCCACAAAUUAUAUUGUCUGCUUCACAGAAUUCAUCUGGGGACCAAACAGUUUCAAACGGACAGACAACAAAUAUUUCACAUUCAACACAAAAUCAAGAUAUUCUUCGUACAUUAUCAAAAUUAGAAGAUAUGAAAGUUAGUGAUUUAAAAGCAGAAUUAAAAAGAAGAAAUCUCCCAGUGUCUGGGUCAAAACCUCAGUUAAUAGAACGUUUAAAACCUUAUUCAGAUUUUGCAGCAAACAUAUCUACAUCAACAGCUGGCAACAUAGUUACUGUUUCACCUACUAUGCCAGUAAAUGUUAGUGGUUUAUUACUAGAUGCUUAUUCAUCAGUGACAUGUCAGAGUGAUUCAGAGGUACCUCCAACCUCGCCAAUGACUAUGAAUAAUGAUAAUACACCACCUGGAAUAGAUAUAGUAAAACAAGAACCAUUUCAAGAAACUCAGUUGAGUGGAUCUCGCCCUUCUUCUGUUGUGCCAAUGGACAUUGAUAGUAAUCCGAAUAAUGAUGCAAUAGAUAUUAAUAAUACCAUUCCAGUUGUUGCAUCGAAUGAAAAUAUUGUUAAAUUGCAACAAAAAAGAAUUGAGGAACUUCAGCGGGAAUUAGAAUGGUCUCAUUUACAAUUACAACAACAUCAGUCUAUAUUAAAUCAUCAAAAAGCACAAUCAUCAAAUAUACUUGCUUCUCCUGCAGCUGUUGCAGUUGCAUUAACAUCACCAUCCUCUGUUACAAAUAGUCCCUCAUGUUCAAUACCUUCAACUAUAUCUUCUGCAGUGUCUCAGGAUAAUUCUGUGGAUUCUAAAUUGUUUUCGAGACAACUGUUACAACAAAAGUUUCAACAAAAUCAAAAUUCUCAACAAGGUAUACCUAUAGUUUCAACACAACCAUCAUCUGCUUCAGUGAAAGCAAGUUUAGCUGCAUUCCUUCAUAAUCAACAAAAUGCUGCAACAAGUAAUUCUGUUCCUACAUCUGUACCCUUAACAAGUUUUCCUGCAACACUUAUAGCUUCUCAUGUCCUUGCAACUGCACCCACUACAUCCAGUCACAUAAACCAAGCCACAGUACCGGUUGUAUUGACUCAGCCUACUUCAACAUUAAAUAUUAAUGAUAAAUCUCACAUCAAUUCAUUACCUAAUGGUGUUCUUCAAAAAUCAGUUUCCUGUCAUACACCAUUAAAUUCAAGAGCAUCAUCACUUCCAAAUUUUGCAUUAUUGCAAACUACAAAGCCUUGUCCAGUUAGAACAAAUACUGAUCCUAAAUUUCAGAAUAGUAGACUUCCACCAAAUUAUGAUGAAGCAACAAAACAGUUAAAAUCAAAUCAGGCUAUUCAACAAUUCCAAUUAGGAAUUGCUAAACAAUUGACGACAAAGCGACCCCGGGGACAAAAAUCUGUUAAAAGCCAAGCUGUUGAUGAUGUUUUGGAAAUAUUAAUUAAAAAUGGAGAGCUUCCACCUAGUGCUGCUCAAGAACCACCAACUCCUACAACUCCUGAAACAGGAAAACCAGCAGCAAAUGCUCCUCCAUUAUUUCCUUCAACAUCUUCGUUACCAUCCGUUACUCCACCACCUUCGACAAUUCUUACAGAAACUGAAAAUGGAGUAACAAAUACUCUAGAUUUUGAUUUUCAUCUAGGUCUAGAUGAAAUCGAGGCUAUGGAUCUUGGAGUGCUUGGUCCAGAAGAUAAUUCUCAGAAAACAGAUUCUAGUAUAGUUUGUCCAUCCACACAUACUGAAACCCAUAAGUCCCAUCAGCAAUGUAAUAAGAAUCCAUCGUAUUCAAUAUCUGCUAACAAUGAAUUAACAAAUACGAAUAUGGACAUCGAACUGUGCGAUUGGUUGGAUUCCGUGAUGCAGCCAUCCACGAAUACGUCCGUCGACCUGUCUUCUAACGGAAGUUUUCUGCACCGGCCACAAAACACAUACAAUAACAAUAACGACAAUGAUCCUCUACUCUCUAACAUGGCGAGUACUCACGAUCCGUUCGAUCUUUUUUCUAUUGAAGACAUGGAUUUUAAAACACCGACAGAACUAAGUGGUGUUCUGAGUUGGGACAAAGUGGAUUUUGCCACUUAGCAACAAUGCUGUGAUAAAGUGGUCCAGUUUUUUUGUCUGUUUUGUAAAGAAAAGGGGGAAGAUUCAAAUCAAGAUGGAUUUAUUUCCUUCCUGUUGAGUUUGCCGUUCUAAGAAGUGACGGCAUUUUUAUGAUCCGAAAUUAAGUUAGUGCCAUUUAAACCCAUAAAUUAAACUGAUGAAGGACCAUUAUUUCUUCCAAAUAGGUAUCAUUUAAUAGGUCAUUAGUCUGUUCGUGGACCAAAAUGGUUAAUUUGACCAGAGUACAAGGAAGUACUGUCUUCCAAAUUAGGAGAUGGAUUAGUUCUAUUUGUGAAUAAACAGAUUCUAGUUUGUUUGAUGGUGGGGGUAAAAUUUCGUGUGAUUUUUAUUGGAUUGUUAUAGCUUAUUACAUAAAUAAAUUUGAUAGCCUAUUAUUAUUUUUUGCACAUACAGUAUAUGUUGCAACUAAUGAAGUUGAAAGCCAACUUUAAAUAAUCACAAUGACAAACUGAAAACAAAAUCCUUUGGCUUGCAAAUUCCUUUAUUUGCCAUAUCUUCUGGUAUUUUAUUGCCAAUAAGCAUAUCCAAUCCACGAAUCGGAAUCAAGAAGUUACCUGAACCAAAAUAUUAUGCAGAAAAGGACAAUAGGUUUUUGAGAACUUGGAGCGUAACCUCCCUUUCAGUAUUUUGUUUUCUAAAAUUUAUUAUUUGAGUGACUAUGCCAAAUUGUCAUGACUGAUAAUUUACAAAACCUUUCUAAUCCUUCCACAGUUCUUCCAGUCUCAGGAGUCUAUUGCUCCCUGCUCAUUUAUCAGUGCCUUAUUUUUUUGGUAUAUAUUGAAUGUACUUCUUCGAGGAAGCCAGUUUUAUGAGUGUUUCUGCAAAUUCAUGCUUCCACUUGCUAUGUCAAUUUACUCCAUUUGCUCAAGGUAAAAAAAAAAUCAUUUGUACCAUCAAAUUACUAAUAGAAGAAUUUUGAAUUAACAAAAUAACAAAAAUUUAACAAGAUUUGAAUUUAACCAAGUGAAAUUUGGAGCUUUUUAAUUGGAGCAUUAGUUAUGCUAUUUUUAUGGAAGUAUUAAAAUGAUAAUAUCAGUUGCAUAAGAAAAAUCAUGUACUUGCUAAAUAUAAAUAACAUGCCUGCUAAUGUUUUGUGUCAAAAUUACCAUUCCAAUAAUAGUUCAAAAGAGAGAAACUCGUCAAAAUUCAGAGUUCCAGGAGACGGAGAGAAGAGGAAUUUCAUGCUUUGCUUAUCUGUUCAUUUUUAGAAAGGACAUACAUUCCAAACCAUGUCCAAACUGUGCUUAUAUAUAUAUAUAUAAAAAAGUAUGUGUGAAUAUAUUUAGUGUCAAACACAUUCCUACAUCUGUUUCACCCCCAGUUACCCUGCAAAAUAAGUAUGAAAUGACACAUCUCUCCAUGAUUAAGUCUUAUGCUGAAGGCAUGAAGUGCCUUAUAAAAAGUUGGAGACAUUCGAAAUUGGAACUGUGCUUUUGACUAUUUAUAAUUUUUGUCGCGAAAUUUAAUUUUGUGUAUCGGAUCAAGUGCGUCAAAUUCAUAGUACCGUAUUGCACGGGGUGAAACAGUAAUAGGACUGUCCUGGCAAGCCUCUGUGGGACAGUAAAUCCAGAACUAAUAAAAAGGGAUGACAGAACUUGGGUUGAUUAUACGCUUGUUCAAUUUUGUAUAUAAUUUGUGGUGUCUUUUUUUUUCCCCUUUGGCUAGGAAGCCUUGUCAAAAUAAAACUUUGAAAAAGUGUGAAAUGUGUUUUUAUUAUCAAAACAUAUCCUAUUUUGAAGACUUUUUCUAGCAUAUUGUAAUGUUUUAUAAACAAAAUAUUAGCAUGCCAUAUUUAGUGUAAUUAAAAAUGGCAUUAUUUAAUGCUAACUUUUACAGAAGCUGAAACUACGAAUAAAUUUUUGUAGCGCAUUCGA